AUGGCCAGAAAUGCUGAAAAAGCUAUGACAACACUGGCACGAUGGCGUGCGGCACAGGUGCAGGAGGCAGGUGGGCAGCGAGAGAGGCGACCCUACCUCGCGUCCGAGUGCAAUGAUCUACAGCAGGCCGAGAAAUGGCGGCUGCAAAUUGUGAGGGAGAUCGCUAAAAAGGUCGCACAGAUACAAAAUGAAGAAAAUAUUGGAGAAGCACAACCGCUAAAUCUUCAAAAUUUAAGAGAAUCUAGCAUACACUCUCAGAAUGAGUUGACUUCAGAUCCUGAUACCAUUGAAAAUAUUGAACCCGCAGAAGUUGAUGCUAGCCGUAUAUCGCCUGUGGUUACCUCACCGAAACAAUCUUUACAAAGUCCACGCUCUCCUGUUAUUAUUGGCCGACAAGACUUUUCUUCACCGCGUAAAACCUCGCCUUUGUCUCUAGCAUCACAGAAUCCCGGAUCAAUUGCUCAAACCUCAGUAAGCUUGUCUAUUAAGAGUGACAAAGUUAACAAACCGGUAAUUAAUAUGGAACACGCCGAAUACCCACAAAGUUCUGGGUCAAUCGCUAAAAUGUCAAUAAACUCGUCUAUUAAGAGCGACAAAGUUAAGAAACCGAGCGACGAAGUUAAGAAACCGGAAAUUAAUAUGGAACACCCUGAAAACCCGAGCGCCAAAAGUCUAAGCUCUGUUAAAGGUAAAGACGAUAUUAUUCAAUCCAUUAUCGAUCUCGAACCUCAAGGUAAAAACAUAAGUGAUCAUGUAGACGAAUUAAAUGAAACGGUUAGAACACUUUCGAAGAAUGUGGGAAAACCCCAUUCUCCUGUUUUAAAUAGCAACAUCGAUAAAAUAACAAACAUGAGCCAAAUUUUAACCAAUGAAGCUAAUGCUUUAAAGAAAUCUAUAAAAAGUUUAUCUGAAGAUAUUACUCGUACCAAAAUGGAGCUACUCGCAGCUAAAGAAGAAGAUGUAAAUUUUCCAUAUCACCUGUUUCUCAUUGAAUUAAUAAUAAACAAAAUACACAUGAAAUGCGAGUGCUUCGAAUUUGAUUAUAAUAAUUUAGUAAUAACGGCAUCGUUCUUAGGUAAACAGCCCAUAGUACUAUACGAUGCAUCGUACGGAAAAGUCAAUGAUUUUACUCAUUUGAAUGUUGGAAAGUCGGCACUGUUCGCAAUAACUUACGACAAGAUUUGCAGCAUCAAAGAAUUCAUAAUUAAGCUACAAAUAGUAAAACAACCACCUUGUUCGAGUUGCAUAACGAAAGUUGGCGAAACUCGGGCUGAUUAUACUAAAGACUUUGUUGACCUUCGUGACGAACUUUGUAAGAAGUGGGCGCUUGAACAACCAACCGACAAUAUCAUAUGCACUACUUCGACGCCUAUGAGUAAAAACAUGUUUUAUUUAUCAUGUGGCGACAGUGAAAAAAGCGAUUCUAUAGGCGUUAUUGAGAUCUCUGCUCGAAUGUCGUUUCUUGGAAAGGAGAUAACAACCGCAUUUAUUGCUUCACCUAAACAACAUGGCACUUCGCUAAUGCAAAAAGAAGACAAUGGCAUGUCCAUGUAUUCCUGUCAAAAUGUUGAAUUGGACGGUAAAGGAAAAGUAUUACUAGAUGAGGAUUAUCUUGUUAAAAAAGAAAUUCCUCACAGUGCACAUACAAUGUACAGUAAAAGACCGGAUAGUCCAGUAUCUCAGUAUUCUAGUGGAUCCUCGAAACAUUAUUAUGGAAGUAAACACGUAUCAGAUGGAAUACCGAAAUAUGAUGAAAUUUUUACUAAAAUGAAUGCAAAUGAAUUAAAAAUCAGAGUUCCCAAAACAACGAAAGUAGAGAGGAUGGGAAAGUAUGAUAAAAUACAGGAAUUGUGCUCAUGUGAAGAAAAUCCGUACAACACUGGUGAUCAAAUACAAUUUGAACUACCUAGAGAUCUUUGUUAUAACGCCGGUCUGGGCGAAUUUCGGAUUCGUGAUUUAAAUGAUGAGAUCAACAAGCUGAUGCGUGAAAAACGCCAUUGGGAAGUCCAGAUAAAGGCUCUCGGCGGCCCGGAUCACGCUCGUGUUGGACCCAAGAUGCUCGACCAAGAUGGGAAAGAGGUUCCUGGUAAUAGGGGCUACAAAUACUUCGGGGCGGCGAAAGAUUUACCGGGUGUGCGCGAAUUGUUCGAGCAAGAACCGCCGCCGCCGGCGAGACGGACGCGUGCCGAUCUCAUGCGAGAUGUCGACGCGGAUUAUUACGGCUACCGGGACGACGACGAUGGACUGCUGCUGCCCUUGGAGAAGGAGGCAGAAAAAAAAGCUAUAGCACAAGCUAUUGAAGAGUGGAGGCGGAAUAAAGAACAGAACGAAGGUCAAGAUUUACCUGAAGAGGAGAAUAUAUAUCCAGAAGACCCCGACGACAAGAGGAUAGAAGAUGACGACGAUAUAACGGACAAGCCAUCUGGAACGUCGCUCGUCGCCGUACCAUCACAGAAAGAUAUAGAAGAAGCCUUGCUAAGAAGGAAGAAGCAGGAACUCUUAGAACGAUACGGCUGCUUGGAUGUGAAGUUAGAAAACAGCUGA